AUGCGUUCUUCUCUCGUUCUGCUCGCCGGUCUGGCGGGCUCGGCUCUCGCCUACCCUACCGACAUGGCUGUUGAGCGCCGUACCUUGGGUCUCCUCGGUGAGCUCCUUGGCGACAUCACUGUCGACGUGACUCAAGUCCUUGGUUUCGUCCUCGGCGGCCACUCCUCCGUUGAACUCCUAGCUGGUCUGGGUGCGGAGGGUGCUGCCGCUCUCCAGGGUGGUGCUCUCGGCUGCAAGUCUGGUGUCAUCGACCACAAGGCUAAGGCCGCCCUCAAGGUUUGGUUGCUCUUCCACGCCGACCUCGACGUCUCCCUCAAGAAGUCCCUGAUCUCGUGGUGUGAGGGUAACGACGAGCUCGUCCUCUCCCAGGACGUCCUGGCUGCUCUCUCCGUGUACAUCCCCGGAUGUGCCGACAUUGCUGCCAAGGGCCAGCUUUACGUGACUGUCGACGGUAUCUUCGAGGCCGCCAGCCUCGAGUCUGCUCUCGUCCUGAGUGUUGGUGCUCAGGCUUCUCUUUCCUCCUGGAUCGAGGCUAAGCUUGAUCUUGAUGCGGGUGUCAAGCUCGGUCUGAAUGUCUGCGCUGCUGGUGGUGUUGUCGCCAGCUUGUCGGCUGACGUCAAGGCUUCCCUCCUCGCCUGGAUCAACAGCAAGGAGUGUGACCUCAGCGCUGACCUCAAGGUUUCGGUCCUUGCCUGGAUCAAUGGCCAUGCUGGUGGUGACCUUGUUGAGAUUGGUGCUAUUGCUGACACUGCUCUCUCCACCAUCUCCGUUGGUGCUUCCGUCGGCGCGCACGUUCUGGAGUCUGGCAUUCUGUCUGUUGGCGGCCAGGCCUCCCUCGCGGCCUUCCUGGACAUUGAUCUCGCCGCUGGUCUCGCUGCCGAUGUCAAGCUCGCUCUCGAGGCAUGCGCCAAGGGCGAGCUCGCCACCUCCAUCGACCUUGAGAUCCGCACCAAGCUCGCCAUCUGGCUCGCCAGCGCCGACUGCUCUCUUGGCGUUGAGCUCAAGGCUGUCGUCCUCCUUUGGCUGUCCUUCGGUGUCGAGGCAGAUGCCUCCGUUGCUGUCGACCUGGUUGGUGGUCUCCUCGGUGGUGUCACCGGUCUUCUGACCGACACCCUCACCGAUCUCAGCGUUGACCUCCGUGGUGCCCUUUCCGUCUGCGCUGCCGGCGGUAGCCUCCUCGACCUGACCUUCGCCGCCCGUGCUGAGCUCGCUGCCUUCCUCGGUGGCUGCACUUCCAUUGACAUCGGUGCCAGCAUCCAGAUCAUCAUCAUCGAGUGGUUCACCGGCUGCAGCAUCCCUGGUGCUCCCUCCGCCCCUGCCUCGUCUUCCGUUCCCAGCCUGCCCUCCAGCACCCCCUACGUGCCCAGCACCUCCGCCGUGCCUUCUGGUCCCGCUGACUCCGUCUCUGUCUCCGUUCCCGCCGGCACCCCUACUCCCUCCCGGCCCCGCACCCCCUGUGACACCGAGACCUCUGAGAUUGUCCGCUCCACUGUGAUCCCCGGCCCCAACGGCUCUGGUUCCGUCACUGUCCCCGUCCCUGCCGUGCCCACCGGAACCGCCCCUGCUGAGACUCCCACCGACGUCUCUGCUACCGGCACUCCCAUCCCCAGCGGCCCUGCUCCUUCCGGACCUGCCCCCUCUGGCCCUGUCCCCAGCGGCCCCGAUGCCACCUCCACCCCAUGUGACACCGAGACCUCGCAGAUCAUCUCUUCCACCGUGAUCCCCGGCAGCCCUGACGAGUCUGCCUCCCAGACCGUCUCCGUCCCUGCCGUGCCUACCGGUACCGCCCCUGCUGAGACUCCCACCGGCGUUUCUCCCACCGGUGUCCCCGUCCCCAGCGGUCCCGCCGCCAGCGUCCCCUGCGAGACCGAGACCUCCGCCAUCGUCUCCUCCACCGUGAUCCCCGGCGGCCCCAACGAGUCUGCCUCCCAGACCGUCUCCGUCCCUGCUGAGACCCCCACUGGCGUUUCUCCCACCGGCGUCCCCGUCCCCAGCGGUCCCGCCGCCAGCGUCCCCUGUGAGACCGAGACCUCCGCCAUCGUCAGCUCAACCGUCAUCCCCGGUGUCCCCGCUACCUCCGCUCCCGCCCCUACCAGCCCUCCCGCCGUGCCCUCCGCCGGUGGUGACUCCGGCUCUGACAUCACCGUCACCAAGACCGUGACUUCCACUGUCUGCAACUGCGAGUAA